AAACAAAGGUCCUGUGCAAGCUUCUUCAGGGAGUGACGCAGUGCACACCGCCUGGAACCUGGAACAGCGAAGGGUUCACGAUGGAGAAAGCCCUGGCUUUGAAAUCGAAAAUGAUGAACCACCCCUCCCUGAAAAGGGGGACCUUGAGCCCCAAAUCCUGGGUGACCACUGAGAACCUGAAGGGGUUCAAAGACUUUAUAAAGCAUAAGGAGAGCGACAUGGGCACCGACACAAGCUUUGACAAUGUUGAGAUGUUGCUGGAUACAGAAAGGGAUUACAUGGAAGCGGCAAAGAAAAACGACAUUGCCACCAUGAAGCUUCUUGGGAAAAGUGUCAACGUCAAUGCAAAAAACGUGCAUGACCGGACAGCGCUCCACUACGCCGUGGCGGGUCGAAAUAAGGAGGCGGUGGAGCUCCUGCUUCGGAGGAGAGCGAAGCUAGAUCUUCCGGACAAGCAUGGGGUGACCGCCAUCCACCUGGCCGCCUGGUUUGGGAGUUUGGACAUUCUAAAAUUACUUGUUCAAGGUGGAGCCGAGCAGAAGGUCGAAAACCAGGAGGGGAUGAAUAUCAUGCACUGUGCCGCUGUCAAUAACCACACGGACAUCGUGCAGUACAUUGUGAACGACCUACAGAUGAAAUCACUGGAUAAAGAAGACCAGACAGGGAACAGACCCUUCGCACUGGCAGCUCAGCACGGCUGUGAGGAGAUGCUGGAGCUGCUGAUGGAGGAGCCGUACUCCAUGGCCACCAUGGAAGGAGAUCAGAACGGGAAUACGCCGUUACACCUGGCGGCCAAGAACGGCCACCUGGAUGUGGUUCAGCUUCUGCUCCGGAGCUUCGACACCCGCGACACAGUCAAUAAGGCUGGAGAGACAGCUCUAUACCUGGCUGUGGAGGGGGAACAUGAGGACUGUGUGCAGGCGCUGCUGGAUGCUGGCUGUGAUGUGAACAUCGUGACUGCGGAGAAAAGCAGCUGUUUGCAUCCUGUGUCUGAAAAGGGCCACACCCCACUGGUAAAACUCCUCAUUGAAAAUGGAGUGGAUAUGAAUUUUCAGAAUCAGCACCAGCAGGCCGCUCUGCACCUGGCGGUGAAGAACAGCCACAUCCCGGUGCUCCACACGCUCCUGGAGUCCGGCUGCAACGUCAACGUGACGGAUCACAGGGGUCAAACUGCCCUACAUAUUGCAGCAGAACUGGGCAUGGUUGACAUAGUGGAGAUGAUCUUGAAAACUGGUACAGACCUGGCGAUCCAAGACAAGCAAGGAAAGACAGCGCUGGGCGUGGCAGCCAGGGCGGACAUGGUGAUCAUUGUGGAUAUGAUCAUUAAAGCAGAAAGAUACUUUGCAUGGCAGGCAGGCGUGGAAAAUAACGAAACCCUUCAUGACGAAUAUCCACUGACAUUUAAAUUAGACCACAGAAUGGAGACCAGGCAGAUCCGCACCACCCUCUGGAACCUGGCGUACAAACUGUUCAAGCCCCACGACUGGAAGACGCUGGCCAGGCACUGGCUCUUCACCGAAGAGCAGGUGGCGGCCAUCGAGGAGCAGUGGACAGGCCUCAAGAGCUACCAGGAGCACGGAAACCGAAUGAUGUUAAUCUGGCUCCACGGAGCACUUUAUACACACAAGAGUGCCGCCAAAGCCCUGCAUGAAGCUCUCCUUUCCGUAGGAAACAAAAGCGCAGCGGACAAAAUAAGGCUUGAAACCACUGGCGUUGAAGCCAAGAAAUGCACCGUAUCAUAAUAUCGGUGAAGCUUCAUCCGUUUGGACUCCCCGUAAGCCUUUGCUGUGAAUUUCACAGCCAACUCAAGUCAACAAAUGACUCAUUUCUUGGUUUCCUUCAACUGCUCCGAAUCGGAUCUUGUGAAAGAAGUUACACCAACGGUCUUCGGAGCCAACUCAGAAAUUGGUCGUCUUCCAUUUCAACCUUCCAAGGCGGAGGAAAGCUGGCAGAUUUCCUCAGAGUGAAGAGCUCCUCACAGUGGAUUCCACUCAGGAACGGAGAGCACUGUCCUGAGUUAAAAACAAGGCCCUCUUGCUCUCCAGGUCUGGCACUGAAAGACAUUUGCAUCUUAGCAUUUCAACACUAUGGUAAUUAUGACUACACAGUAAUAAUGCCUUCAUUUUCCUAUUUUCAUUACUAGAGCAAGAGUGGCCAUUUUCAUGUGUUCAUCUGUAUCAUGUGUUCAUUGGUGUUUGUAUUUUAUAUGUCCUUUACCCAUACACUCUUUACCCAUAACAUUACAAUAUUACAAAAGCUAUUGCUCGUAUGAUAAAUACUUCAGAAACUAAACAUAAAAUAGUGACAGUGUAAAGAUACUGAAGGUAUGACAGUGACAUGAUGAAUGUACUGAGUCCAAUGCUAAAUGCUUGCUUUUUUGAGAAUGAUUACAAAGUCGCAUUAUGAAUUAAAUUUUAUUUAUAAUAAUUUAAAAAACAUG